CACGUUAGUGUUGAAACUUUGCGGGACAACUGCGUUGCACGGCUAAACUGUGUUUGCAUGACCAAACGGAGGUAAAGUGUUUCCAAUGCGGUGGUUCGGGUUCGGCUUCAAUGCAUUUGGACAGAUACAUGUCGGUGAGAAAUUAAUUAAAGGAGAGUGUAGCGACGCUGCGGAGGAAGUGAAAGUGUUUAGCCCGGCAGAGCUAGACUGCUGCAGCUGCUGCAGGGUGAAGACUGGCUGUCACAUCAGAGCAAGUUGGAGCCGAAGAGCAUAUUUACAUUUGGAUGGGGACAGCUGCGUGUGUCUCUGUGGUGUCUCUGUGAAAGACAGCCGUGGGUGUCAAGAUGCAUCCGUCAGUGAAUCGCACUUGACACUCGCUUUCUCAGACAGAAUUGAGUCCUGGGAUCUGCAGAAGGAGGAGAAAACUCCAUCAUGGAGCAUGGGGAUAACAACAGAGAGCUCUGGACCCUCUUUGAAUCUCCCAUUGGUCCCUGGGGGUUACAUAGCCACAAAGCCACCCUUCUAUCGCUCCUUAUCACCACACCUGAAAGCCAAGAGUCUGGCACUGAGUGCAGAGCAUGCUGUCCUUCUCAGUGCCUCCGGAGCUGUGUACACCUGGGGACUGGGCAGCCAUGGUCAAUUGGGUCACGGAGGGCUCACCCCUGAAGAGGAGCCCAGGGCAGUGGAGGCACUGUGGGGGAUGCCCAUGAGCUGUGUAGCUACAGGAGGCUGGCACUCUGUCUGCAUUAGUGAUGGAGGUGACCUCUAUGUGUGGGGCUGGAAUGAAAGUGGACAGCUUGGACUUCCAUCGCGAGGUCUGAGGAAAGCACUGCAGCAGCAACGCAGCCAACAAGCAGGAGCAACGUGCCAAGAUGCCAGAACAUCUCCAGCUGAAGAGUCACAAGAGGGAGAGAAAAAUGAAGAGGUAUUUAUAUCAAUUCAGGCAUUCCCGGCUCUGCUGGAUAUCACUCCAUCAUGUGAAAUCAGGACAGUCAGCUGUGGGUCCCGCCACACAGCUGCCGUAACAACCACAGGUGACCUCUACACUUGGGGCUGGGGUGACUACGGCCAACUUGGACAUCAGACUUUAAUAAGUUCAGAUGAGCCCCAGCGUGUGGAGUUCUUCAGCGAGCAGCACAUGCGUGUGGUUGAUGUAGUGUGCGGAGCGUGGAACACUUUUGCUGCUGUCGUCAAAGAGGAAGUAGCCUAAAAAUACCACUGAAGCCUUAAUAAACAAGAACACUGGACUUUGUACACAAUACCAGGAAGUGUACAGUAUAUUUGUGAUCAUAUCACAACAGAUACGAGACUUUGAAUUAAAUAUACUGUAAAUUCUC